AUGGUCCCGCGCGCCCGGCGGCGGCGCCGCCCGCUGUCCGCGCUGCUGGCGCUCUGCGCGCUGCUCGGCUCCCUGCAGGUGACUUUUCAGAUCACCCCUCCGUGUGCCAGCGAGAGGCACUAUGAGCGUUUUGGACGGUGCUGUAACAAAUGUGAGCCAGGAACGUACAUGUCUGCCAAAUGCACUACUACCUCGGAAAGUGUCUGUCUGCCCUGCGGCAGGGAUGAAUACCUGGACACCUGGAAUGAAGAAGACAAAUGCUUGCUGCAUAAAGUCUGCGAUACAGGCAAGGCCCUGGUGGCGGUGGAGCCUGGCAACCGGACAGCCCCGCGGCGCUGCGCCUGCACGGCCGGCUACCACUGGAGCGAGGACUGUGACUGCUGCCGCCGCAACGCCGAGUGCGCGCCCGGCUUAGGCGCACGGCACCCGGUGCAGCUCAACAAAGACACGGUGUGCGAGCCCUGCCUUGUAGGCUAUUUCUCCGACGCCUUUUCUUCCACAGAAAAAUGCAAACCCUGGACCAACUGUACCAGUCUUGGACAGAUGGAAGCACAUCAUGGGACCGAUAAAUCAGACGUGGUCUGUAGUUAUUCUCUGCCGUCUACAGAACUACCAAAUGAGCCCCAGAUUUUCUUGCCCAGUUUGAUCAUCCUGCUUCUCUUCGUAUCUGUGGCAUUAGUCGCUGCUGUCAUCUCUGGUGUUUACUACAGGAAAAAAGGGAAAGCACUAACAGCUAAUUUGUGGCGCUGGGUCAACGAGACAUGCGGCCGCCUAAGUGGAAAUAAGCAGGAACCCUCAGGGAGCAGUUUUAGCCGCACUCCUCUGGAAGCCUCGAGCCAGCGGGAACUUUGCGACGGGGUCUUGCUGCUGACCCUGGAAGAGAAGAUGUUUUCAGAAGACCUGUGCUGUCGGGUCGGAGCGGGGGUCUGCGGGGGCGCGUGUGCAGGCUGCGCCCAGGCAGAAGACACCAGGAUGCUCACCUUGGUCAGCGAGGUGGAGGGCGACUCCUUCAAGCAGAUUCCCACGGAAGACGAGUACGUGGACCGGCCGCCCCAGACCCCAGACUCCUUACUGUGCCUCACUGUGGGGCCGGGAAGCAGAUCCACACCCCCUUUCCCGGAGCCCCUGGAGGUGGGGGAGGAUGACAGUUUAAGCCAGGCCUUCACCGGAACAGAGAGCCUGCCCGAUUCUGAAAGCUGCACUUUGGCCGAGCCCCCGUGCAGGACCGAUUGGGUUCCCAUGUCCUCCGAAAAGUACUUGCAAAAAGAAGUGGAGGGCGGCAACUGUCCCCACUGGGCGGCCUCCACCUCGGCAGAUGGCUGCGCAGGCUGCGGGAACCCUUCUGGGGAGGACCGGGAGCCCUUUCUGGAUUCCCCAAAAAGUGGACCCUUGCCCCAGUGCGCCUACGGCAUGGGCCUUCCGCCUGAAGAAGCAGCUGAAGAGGCGGAGGGCGGAGGCCAGCCCUGGGAUGAGGCUGAUGCGAGGCCUCCCGGCUCCAGCAGGGGAGGCCCUGGGGCUGGGAGCCCCUCCAGUGAGCAGCCGCCUGCGUCUGGAAAUGUGACUGGAAACAGUAACUCCACGUUUAUUUCCAGCGGGCAGGUGAUGAAUUUCAAGGGCGACAUCAUCGUGGUCUACGUCAGUCAGAACUCCCAGGAGGGCCCGGCGGGGCCAGGCGGUGGCGCUGGGGAGCCGGUGGGUCACCCGGUGCAGGAGGAGAGCCCGCCGUGCUGCGACUCGUUCGCGGGCCUCGGGCCGCGCUUCCCGGACACGUGCAGCGCCCCGGAGCCGGACAAGGCUUCGCGGCCGGUGCAGGAGCAGGGAGAGGCCGAGGCCCGCGCGCCCGGGGCGCAGCGCUGA